GGGUACACUCGCGCUUGUCUACGUCAUACUUGCUCGAUAUCCGAAUUCACCCCCUAAUUGACGUAAACGUGCCUCUCUUAUAAAUUGGAUUUUCAAACGGUGUUACUAAAAUCGAAGCUAUAAUUUGCAUAGAAAUCGUUAUCAAUAGAUUACUCCGGUAUGGAUUAAUAUCUGGUUGUAAAAUUCGAAAAUGUAAAUUGUAUAAUGUGUUUUGUGAUAAAUAGAUAUUGGUGUUAUUUUUGAGUUUUGUUAUAGUUAUUUUUGGACUCGGAAAUUUGGAGCAUCGGAAGAGGCAGCAGCAGGAAACAGACAAUUUGGGAAUCUACACAAAUUGAUCAAUAGAGCAGUGUUAGAAGUGUCAAAUAAUUUAACAAAGGCUGGAUUCAAUUAAGGACAUACUUCUAAUGACAUUACGCCUUUAAUUGAAUCUGAAAUAAAAGAUCAUGGAAUUGAAGUUCAAAAUAAAUUAACUGACAAUAAAUAUAAUUUGUAGAAACAAUGAUAACAAUGUUAUUAAUGAAUAAAAGAAUUUUUAUGAUAAAUUGUAAUAAUAAAAGACAAAGUAAAAAGUGAAAGUGUAAAUAAAUAAAAUGUAUGAUGUGCUAGAAAUAAAGUGGCUAUUCAAGAAGAAGGAUCAAGCGAAAUGAUCACUAUGACACCGAUAUCCAGUGCUGUCGUCACUUCCUGCGCAUUGAUAUUCAUUGGUACAAUCAACGCGCUGAAAUCCGUCCAAAUAGAUGUACCGAAGGCCGUAUUAACGGGGCAGAAUGCUGAGCUGAUGUGCAGAUAUGAGCUGGAAGGUGCACAAUUGUAUUCCAUAAGAUGGUACAAAAAUAUGAUGGAAUUCUAUCGAUACGUGCCCAAGGAAUCACCAGCGACCAAAGUGUUUCCAGUUUCAGAGAUAAAAGUCGAUGUAGCAGCAUCAGACCAAAAUCGCGUAGUCCUGACAGAGGUAGACCGGACGUUGACGGGGGAAUAUCAGUGCGAGGUGUCUGCGGAUGCCCCCCUCUUCCACACGGAUAUCAAGUCAGCUGAGAUGGUUGUAGUUGAACCGCCAUUAAUUAGUCCAAACGUCACGUCAGACCGUAUGUCCUACGUUGGAGGCGACCACAUACGAGCGAAUUGCUCAUCACCGCCGUCACUUCCAGCGGCCAAUAUUACGUGGUACGUCAACGAACAGAUGGUCCCCGGCUUUACUGCAAACCACAUGUUAAACUUCAGUAAUGGCUAUGCCUCCAGUUUGGCGACAUUAGAACUGGAGGCGGCCGCAUUGUCACCUGUGCCUACACUUAUGAUUCGAUGUGAAGCAUCGAUAUUCGAUGUGUGGAAAUCAUCAAGCCAUACGCUAGUUUUACGAGAACGAAGUGCAAAUCCUGCGUCUGCGUUAGGGAGAAGUUUUACAGGAGGAGCGACAGAAACAUGUUUACCGACAUUAAUGGUGCUCCUACUACAAAUACUACUACAGUUUUUAUUAAGAAGCUAUACUGGCACGUCAAUAAGAUAGCUGACUUGAUUCUACUUAUACUAAUAAUAUUAUUACGUGUAGUUUAUUCGUCUCAGGGUUCGAAGCAAUUUGAAAAUUGUAAUUAUUAUAUUAAAUAUUGUUAAAUUAAUAUAUAAUACGGAAUAUUUAAUAUUUCUUUUAGCUUUCAUAUUCUAUUUUGUUAUUUAUUUGUAAUUUGCAAAGAGAAAUGGAUAACAUUUUAAAAGAUACAGAAUUUUAAUGUGAAAUUUAAAUAAUGUCUAACAUUAUGUUUUGAGCAAUAAUAAAGAAAUGUCCACA